AUGUCUAAUAAGAUUCAUGUUGAUGAAAAGUGGUUCUAUAUGACCAAGAAAAAGGAGAACUAUUAUCUCCUUCUUGAUGAAGGUGAGCCUCACCGCACUUGCAAAAGCAAGAAUUUUGUUGAUAAAGUAAUGUUUUUAGCUGCCGUCGCUCGUCCGAGAUUUGAUGCCGAGGGAAAUGUAACAUUUUCUGGAAAGCUUGGAAUCUGGCCAUUUGUAACCAAGGAGCCAGCAAAAAGAAGCAGUGUUAAUCGACCUGCAGGGACACUUGAGACUAAAGCAAUGACUUCAGUUGGAAGAGAUGUCAUAAGAUCAUUUUAUAUCAAUAAAUUAUUAAAGGCAAUUCGAGAGAAGUGGCCGAGAGAAGAUUAUGGGAAGAGUAUAUGUAUACAACAAGACAAUGCAAGAACUCACAUCGAUCCGGAUGACCCUGAAUUUUGUCAAGCUGCAGCACAAGAAGGGUUUAAUAUAUAUGUUAGAUGUCAACCUCCAAACUCACCGGAUUUGAAUGUGUUGGAUCUUGGCUUUUUUAACGCUAUACAGUCUUUACGUUACAAGGAGUCACCAAAAACUGUUGAUGAGCUUGUGAGUGCAGUGGAGAAAGCAUAUGAAGAUUUUUCGCCCAUAUCUUCAAAUCAUAUAUUUUUGACUCUGCAGCAAGUUAUGGUGGAGAUCAUGAAAGUGAGAGGUGACAACAACUAUAAAAUUUCACACAUGAACAAAGCUCGCUUGCAAAGAGAAGGUCGACUUCCAUGUCAACUUAGUUGUGACAAUCAGCUUGUUGAGAACACUUUGGCAUGGCUAAAUACAAUGUAA